AGAAUAAGAAGAAGAACACAGUGAAGAUACAGUAAAGAAGAAGAAGCAUUAAGGAAACCAGAUAUGGCGUCGGAUAAGGUGGAAGAGACUGUAAUGGUUGGAAGCUAUCUUGAGAUGGAAACGGAAUGGAAGCCUAAGAACUUAAAAACUAGAUUAUCAAAGUUCUUCUGGCAUGGUGGUUCUGUUUAUGAUGCCUGGUUUAGUUGUGCUUCCAAUCAGGUGGCUCAGGUUCUACUGACCUUACCAUAUUCCUUCUCUCAGCUGGGGAUGUUAUCAGGCAUACUCUUUCAGUUACUCUACGGCUUGAUGGGUAGUUGGACUGCCUACCUCAUUAGUAUUCUCUACAUAGAGUACAGAGCUAGAAAAGAAAGAGAGAAAGUAGAUUUCAGAAACCAUGUUAUCCAGUGGUUCGAAGUUCUUGAUGGACUGCUUGGAAAGCAUUGGAGGAACGUGGGUUUGGCCUUCAACUGCACAUUUCUUUUGUUUGGAUCUGUAAUUCAACUAAUAGCUUGUGCGAGCAACAUCUAUUACAUAAAUGAUAAUCUGGACAAGAGGACAUGGACAUACAUCUUUGGAGCUUGCUGUGCCACUACAGUCUUCAUUCCUUCUUUCCAUAACUACAGAAUCUGGUCUUUCCUAGGCUUGUUAAUGACUACUUACACAGCUUGGUAUCUCACCAUUGCAGCCCUCAUCCAUGGACAGGUGGAAGGAGUAAAGCAUUCAGGUCCGGCCAAGUUGGUUCUUUACUUCACCGGGGCUACAAACAUUCUCUACACAUUCGGGGGGCACGCCGUCACUGUGGAGAUAAUGCACGCGAUGUGGAAGCCACAGAAGUUUAAAGCGAUAUACCUGCUGGCAACGCUGUAUGUGAUGACACUGACGCUGCCAUCGGCAGUAGCAGUGUAUUGGGCCUUCGGGGACUUGCUUCUUAAUCACUCCAACGCCUUUGCCCUCCUCCCGAAAUCCCCCUUCAGAGACAUGGCAGUCGUAUUAAUGCUCAUCCAUCAGUUUAUAACGUUCGGAUUCGCAUGUACGCCGCUGUAUUUUGUGUGGGAAAAGGCAAUAGGGUUGCAUGAGUGCAAGAGCCUGUGCAAGAGAGCGGCGGCGAGGUUGCCGGUGGUGAUACCCAUAUGGUUCUUGGCCAUCGUUUUCCCUUUCUUUGGACCAAUCAACUCCACCGUUGGAUCUCUUCUCGUCAGCUUCACCGUCUAUAUCAUCCCUGCUCUUGCCUACAUUUUUACCUUCCGAUCUGCCUCUGCUCGAGAGAACGCAGUGGAGCAACCACCAAAGUUCGUUGGGAGAUGGGUGGGAGCAUAUUCGAUAAACAUAUGCAUAGUGGUGUGGGUGUUCAUCGUUGGAUUCGGAUUCGGCGGAUGGGCCAGCAUGACCAACUUCAUCCAUCAGAUAGACACCUUUGGUCUGUUCACCAAGUGUUACCAGUGUCCUCCCCCUCCCCAACUAAACACCACCGCCACCAUCAUUGCUCCUCCUCCUACGGCGGCUGCUUCCGCUCCCACUGCUUUCCAUCACCACCACCUCCACAGUCCAUAACUU